AUGGACCGUUCUCGAAUUCCGGCCGGCCUGAUCAGUAUGGAGCCGAAGGCGAGGGUUUCCAGCAGACCCCCUUCUCUUGUUUUCCCUUUAAGUGACAAGGGGGGUGAGCCGCUCCAAGCCGAAAGCGAUAGCGAAUCCCGAACUUGCCUACGCUCAUCCAAACCGGCCUCAAAAAGCGAUCGGAAAGCGAAGCCCUUCCUUCCAAUCCAAGCCGGCGAAGCCGCCUAUUUCUUAGGGCAAAGGGCGCUCCAUCCUCCUAACUCCUUCCACUUCUCCCAGGGACUACGGCUUGAUCUUCGGGGAAGAAGUCCGUGGGACCCCUCCUUCUAG